AUGUAUGUGACUGAUAUACAGGCAGAAAAUAAAGAGGGAGAAGAAGAGACGUAUGUGACUGAUAUAAAGGCAGAAGAUAUAGAGGGAGAAGAAGAGACAUGGACACACAAGCAGGAAUAUCACAGAAGGACAUCUAAUGUUAUCCCCGAUUGUGACAUAAAAGAUAAUGACAGUAGACCGGAUUCUCCAGGAGAUAAUCCCAUUACCCCAAUUAUACAUCCAGCUCUAUCAGCUGGUCCCUCUGAUCCUGGGAAAUAUUCUCCUGAUCACUCUGAUAUUGGUGCAUCUGUUACAGCUCUGACAGUAGAUACAGUGUUUCCCUGUUCUGUAGAUGCCAAAUGUUUUACACAGAACACAAAGCUUAUCACCCAUCAGGCAGCUAAGGCAGGUGAGAGGCCAUUUCCAUGUUCUGAGUGUGGGAAAUGUUUUACAUUGAAAGCAAAUCUUGUUACACAUCAGAGAAGUCACACAGGUGAGAGGCCAUUUUCUUGCUCUGAGUGUGGGAAAUGUUUUACACAGAAAUCAUAUUUUAUUACACAUCAGAGAAGUCACACAGGUGAGAAGCCAUUUUCUUGCUCUGAGUGCGGGAAAUGUUUUAUCCAGAAAUCAUAUCUUAUUACACAUCAGAGAAGUCACACAGGUGAGAAGCCAUUUUCUUGCUCUGAGUGCGGGAAAUGUUUUAUCCAGAAAUCACAACUUGUUACACAUCAGCGAAGUCACACAGGUGAGAAUCCAUUUCCAUGUUCUGAGUGUGGGAAAUGUUUUGCAUGCAAAUCAGUUCUUGUUAUACACCAGAGAUGUCACACAGGUGUGAAGCCAUUUUCUUGCUCUGAGUGUGGGAAAUAUUUUGCACAGAAAUCACAACUUGUUACACAUCAGCGAAGUCACACAGGUGAGAAGCCAUUUCCAUGUUCAGAGUGUGGGAAAUGUUUUGAACGGAAAUCACAACUUGUUGCACAUCAGCAAAGUCACAGAGGUGAGAAUCCAUUUCCUUGCUCUGAGUGCGGGAAAUGUUUUACCUCGAAAACACAACUUGUUAUACAUCAGCGAAGUCACACAGGUGAGAAGCCAUUUCCAUGUUCUGAGUGUGGAAAAUGUUUUGCACGCAAAUCAGAUCUUGUUAGACAUAACAAAAGUCACACAGGUGAGAAGCCGUUUUCUUGCUCUGAGUGCGGGAAAUGUUUUAUCCGGAAAUCACAUCUUGUUAUACAUCAGCGAAGUCACACAGGUGAGAGGCCAUUUCCAUGUUCUGAGAAAUAAAUCAGCUCUUGUUGGACACAAUAGACAUCAUUCCGGUGAGGAACCAUUUUAAUCUUCUGGAGUAUACUUAUCAUGGCCAUGCGUUGUUCUUCAGGGUUCUUAUCCUAUCUCAUAUGCUUUUUGCAAUAUACAUGUUACCACUGAGUGAAAUAAUCAGAUGUCAUGCCCUCAUCUACCACUGCUAUACAGAUGACCUGUCUUUUGCUUCAGAUACUGAGAAACCAGUCCCAAUCCUAUAACUAUGCGAAGAACCUCGCUAAAAAUGCAAAAUUUUAUUGCAAUGAUUAUUAUUAAUAAAUUGGUAAUGUUUGAAUUGUG